UGGACCAACCUGAAAGCCUCACGGCCUCCAUGCGGGCGCAUGGAGCCCGUGAAGAUUUCAGAAGUGGCCUCAAAGUGGUCUCACGAGCCUUGGCAUAUAUAUUGACCUUCUUGGACCUUCUAGGACAUUCCUAGCUUCUUUUUCUCUCCUUCUUCCUUCUCCUCUGAUUUUCUUCAUUUUUCUCUCUUCAAACCUCUCAUCUUUGAUCCCCAAACAAAAGAAGAAGUGGAAAUCUCAUCUCCUUACAAGAAGAAGAGUUCGAUUAAGGCAUAGAGAGGAUUAUCGGAGGAGAAGCUUCAAGCAAAGGAAAAGAGAUUAUAGACAAGUAACUUUGGAGGGUGUUAGCUCGCCAAGUUUGUGACAGCACAGCAGCGGGAUAGAAGCGUGAAGUGCUUGGCAGAGUAGUUUGUAUUUUCUUAAGCUGUUAAGAUGCCAGCACAACAUUCACGCACUCGCCGUGGAAGAGUUAAUUCCCCUGCUGUUGCUACACCAAGAGCUCAGAGAGGUGGAAGGCGAGGAGAACCAACCCCGCCCCCAUCUCCAUCGCCACCUAGGCAGGAGGCCAGUUCAAGGCAUGAUCCUGCAGUGGCAGCUUCUGUGCAUGCCCCGGAGGUUCAGGGAGCUACUCCUGUGCCUGCUUCUGUCCCAACUCCUGAGGCAUUAGAAGCCUUUAGGUCUCAUUGGGCUACCAAGGGGAGGCAGCCUACCUACCAGGAGUACCAGGACUUCUUAGACUAUUGGAGGAUUUUUGGGAGACAGGCUCAGACUACCCCAGUAACUACCCCAGCACCUGAACCUGCACCACCACGGGCCCCAGUGGUUCAUUCCACCCCAGGAGAGGCCAGUGGACCUAGUCAAGCCUUAGCUUUGUCCAAGCUUCUAAAAGAAGCUCGACAGCUUGGAUGUGGUUCUUUUGAUGGCACUAGUGAUGCCAUGAUUGCUAAAGAAUGGGUCAAGCGGGUAAUUGCUACCUUUGAUGACAUGAGUUUAGGUGGUGAGACCAGACUCAGGGUUGCUACUAGGUUGUUGGAGGGCAGAGCUCGAAUUUGGUGGGAAAGUUUGAAGAGUAGAUCAUUUGGGCAGGUUACAUGGUCAGAUUUUCUGCGUGAAUUUGAUGAAGAAUAUUACACCCGGUUUCACCGUGAUCAGAAGAGGCAUGAGUUUAUGAGACUGGUUCAGGGAAAUAAGACAGUUACAGAAUAUGAGACAGAAUUGAAAGAUUUGGCUAAUUUUGUUCCAGAGUUAGCACCUACUGAGGAAGUUCUUUGUUCUAAAUUUGAAGUUGGUUUGAACUUGGGUAUUAGAGAAAGAAUGACAGUUACAAGCAAGCAAAGUUUUAAGGAGAUGGUACAAUCAGCUUUGAGGGCAGAGCAGUUGGUUAGAGAAGGCAAGAGAGUUCGAGAGAACAUAGCUAAGAGAAGAAGCUUGGAGGCGGGACAGCCAUCCAAGAAGAGUAGGAGUGAGGGUUCCUCCAAGGGCAAUUCUACUCCAGGCCCCACUAGACCUCCACUAUCUCAGAGUGGUGAUCAGCAGAGACUUACACGUUCUGAUAGCGCUCCUAGUGUCAGAGGCCCAGAAGCUAGUAACAGGUGCAAGAAUUGUGGAAAGCCGCAUAAAGGACAGUGUCAGACACCUCGCAAGUGCUUCCAUUGCGGUCAAACUGGACAUUUGAGGUCAGCAUGUCCAGAGUUGGGACGGGGUGGAUCUACACCAGCAUCUCAGGACCGUCCCCUAGCCGCCUCGAGAGGUUCUCGACCAAGAGCAUCUUCCCGGGCUACUACCAAGUCGGGAGCUCGCUAG